GUUAAGAAAUAGACAGUCCAAUUAAUGUUGACACAAAAGUAUGUUUUUGAUAUUAGUUUUAAUCAUCAGUGUUAGUUUUUUUAAUUGUAAGGAAAUGUAUAAUACAAAGUAUGAUCAUUUAGAUGUUAAUUUAAUUAUAAAAAAUGAUCGUUUGCUAAAAAACUACGUGGAUUGUAUUCUGGAAAAAGGGAAGUGUACACCAGUGGGACAGGAAAUAAAAAAUAAAAUACCGGAUGCCCUUGAAGACGGUUGUGCAAAAUGUAGCGAGACCCAAAUACUGGCUUUCAAAAAAAUUAUACAACAUUUGUUAAAAAAUCGGCCAAACUGGUUAGAAGAUCUUUUAAAGAAAUUUGAUCCAUCCGGACAAUAUAAAAAGAGAUAUAAAUUAUUUUUUUCCAUUGUUAAUUAGGUAUAAUUAUCUUUACUAUUGUUAUGUAACUCUUAAUGUAACUUUUAAAGGUUAUUAAUAAUUUACUACUAAUAUAAGCCAUCAUCUUU